AUGUCGACAACUGAUCUAAUUGAUACAGUUGAACUUUCGGAAAAUGUAUCAAUCGAUAAUGAACAGGAUCAAUCUAUGGAUCAUAAUGAAGAAGAACAGACACAACAAGAACAAUAUCAAUUUGAUGUGAUUGUUAUUGGUUCAGGACCAGGAGGUUAUACGAGUGCUAUUCGAUGUGCACAACUUGGUAAAUCAGUAGCAAUAAUUGAACGUGAUCUUCUAGGUGGUCAUGCUGUAAAUUGGGGUUGUAUUCCACUUAAUGCAAUGAUAGCGUCUGCUCGUUUUAUUCGUUUAAUUCAUGAAUCAGUUCGAUAUGGUAUUAAUAUAUCAUCACAUCGUAUUGAUUAUUUACGUAUUGCUCGUCAUCGUGAUGAAGUAGUUAAGAAAGCUCGUUCUCAAAUUAAAAAAUUCUUAGAAAAAUAUCAUAUUCAAGUAUAUACUGGUGUUGCUAAUAUUAUUGAUAAAAAUCAUAUAAUAAUAAAACCAAUUCAAAAGUAUACUUAUAUUAAUGUAUAUGAUGCUGAUGGUCGAAAUCCUUAUGAAACGGAUGAUUAUAUACCAAUUAGAGCUGAUAUUGAAAUUAGUGGCAAAAAUAUUAUUAUUGCAUCAGGUAUUGAAUAUAACUUUCCUAAUUUUGUUGAAACAAAUGAUACAAAAACAAUAGAUCCUACUCAACUUCUUUGGCAUAAAAAUAUACCUGAUUCAUUGAUUAUUAUCGGCGGAGGUGUAUUAGGUUGUGAAUUUGCUUCUCUCUAUCGUCAUCUACGUUCAAAUAUUAUUUUAAUAGAAAAAAAUUCAAGAUUACUUAAAUUUAUGGAUGAACAAGUAUCAUUUGCAGUUGAAACACGUCUUAAAGAUAUCGGUGUUGAAAUUAUUCUAAAUGCUUACGUUGAACGAGUAUCAAAAGGUGAAGUCAUCAUACAAUUACAACAAACAAAUACGAAACGUACUCUCCUUAGUAGUCUUGUUGUUAUAUGUACUGGUCGAAAAUCAACAUUUGAUUAUGAAAAUUUACAAAAUCUUGGUAUUAAUAUUGAUCAAGAACAUUCAACUAUUAUUAUUAAUGAAAAUACUUGUCAAACAUCAAUACCAACUAUUUAUGCAUGCGGUGGAGUAGUAUCAUCUUGUUGGUCUUGGAUUCCUUGUGUUAUACACCAAGGAUAUUUAGCAGCAAAUAGAAUAUCCGAAUAUGAAGAUAAUAGUAAAUCUUAUAUUCCGAUUAAUCUAGUUACACCUUUUGUUAUUAAUGUCAUUCCGGCAGUUGCUAGUGUUGGUGAAGUACCAAAAUUAACUGAUGAUGUACUUAUUUAUACAUUUAAAUUUCAAUCGAAUCAAAGAGCAAUUAUUGAUAAUCAAACAUGGGGUUUUAUUAAAAUGUGGACAACACGUGAAGAACCAAAGAAAUUUCUAGCUGUUCAACUUGUACAUGAAGCAGCAGCAGAAAUUAUUGAAUAUUAUAGUAUGAUUAUUUCAUUGAAUAUUCCUCUACGUGAAAUAUGUCUUCUUCCAUUUGCUCAUCCAACUUAUACGGAAAGUGUAAAAGAAGCAUGUGAAUAUGUACUUGGUCAAUCAAUGAAUUACGAAGGCACUUAUUUGAAUUAA